GCAGACUGAGCACAGAGAAAAAUCCGAGAGAGAAAACAUUUUACAAUUUUUUAUACAUCCAGGAAACACAGUUUGGGUGUCUGCAAAAGCUCCAAGUCUGAACCUGUAACAAUGACACCUGGACAGAUGAAUGCCAUAGUGCAUGAGAAACAAACAGCAACAGGAGAAUGGUCUGCUGCUAUGUUUCCACAUGAGACUUCUACUCCAGCACCGGCCCAGAAGUGCCUCCCAGAUCAAGAUGCUGCUGGUGAGCAAGAUGUCAAUUCUGCUGAGAAUAUGGAUGACACUGAAGACAAUGAGGAAUUCCUAGAAAAGCUCAUAUCCAUUACCUCCAAGAGUUUACCGAAACUGGAGGUAGAGGAGAGAUACAACAUAACCAGAGAGCUAGGGAGUGGCUCUUAUGGACAUGUUCUGCAGGUUCAGCAUCGUGAGAGAGGAACCUCAAUGGCUUUGAAACUGAUGGCCAAGGAACACACAGGGAGACGGGAGUUCUUGUGGGAAUAUUGUAUUGCUCUCUGCCUCUCUUCACACCCUACACUUCUUCAAACCAUUGGCAGUGCUUUUGAAUCAUCUACUCAUUAUGGAUUUGCACAGGAGUUCGCACCAGCUGGAGAUCUCUGCAGCAUCUUGAACUCAGGGGAAGGACUUCCUGAAGUGCAAGUGAAACGGUGUGCAGCCCAGUUGGCUGAUGCCCUGGAUUUCAUGCAUGGCAAAGCCCUAGUACACCGGGACAUAAAACUAGACAAUGUGCUGCUUUUUGACCAAGAAUGCCAGCAGAUAAAAUUAGGUGACUUUGGCCUGACACGACUGGAAGGCACCUGCAUAUCUGCUAUGUCUGCUGUCUUGCCAUAUUCCCCACCAGAACUGUGCCUGCUAGAGAGGACAGAGUCUCUAGCUCUGGACUCAAGCCUUGAUAUUUGGGCCUUUGGAGUGCUGCUCUUUUGCAUUUGUACUGGCUGCAUCCCUUGGGAUAUGGCAAUGAGCCCUGAUCCUAAGUUUGAAGAAUUUAGCAUCUGGCAAAAUCGCACAAUACCAGGCGAGGCUCCAGGCCUGUGGAAAGUUUUCACAGCUCCUGCCUUGCGUAUGUUCCGACGCAUCAUGGCUCUUGACCCUAACCGUCGUAGUCCUGCUAUUGAAGUGAACAAAUACUCGCAUUUGCCUUGGCAAGUGGGAACUUCUGAAAAGACUCAGGAUGAUUUGUUGAAGACAAUUAGUUCUGAGGCCUGCCUUAAGGAACCUGGUGAGGACAAUACUGAACUGGGCAGAAACCCCAAGGACAAUUGCCUCCAGCAAAUGCAACCUGAAGUCAUUCCCCCAGAGAAAACUCAUACCAUACAGAUGGGUCCCAAUCCUGGAAGCAAUCCCAGUCCACAUGAAGGUUCAAGCCUAAAUGGACCUGGGCUUGAGCCCUGAAGAAAGUAUCAGCUCUGAAAAUAAUGGCUCCUUUCAUCAGGGAAAAACAAGAAGGACUCCAGCUGCCUUACCUUCUUUCUAUUAUGGAAGAGUAGAACCAGUCACUCUGUAGGGAGAUUUUCAGAAUAGGAGUGCUCAGUUGAAUAGUAUCAAUGUAGCAUCAUGAUACCUAGAAACAGUUCUAGAGAAUUUUUUCCCUGGAAGAACCUUCCUUUUUUUCCUUGUUUUUUUAAUGGUACAUCUAGAUAAUGCAACAAAAAGAAAUAAUUGCGAUUCAGUAUUUAUAGCUUUAUUCUCUAAUGGAUUUUUUUUAAAAAAAUAUAUCAGAUUAGAAAGAAGGUGCAGUAGCUGAUCUAGUUCUGACUUCUCAGGAUGCUAUUCGUUUAAUAGCUUCCACUUUGCAAUCCUAUGAGUUUUUCUUGCAUUGAUU